UUCGUUGGUGCCUCCCCGGCGCGUGGGGCGUAUGGCUGCCUUCGGUAUGGAGCUGCCGCUGCCUUCCCCCUCUGUGGGUGCUGAACCAAUGGCGCUGGGUUCCCCUACCUCUCCAAAGCCAGGUGCUGGUGCUCAAUUUUUGCCUGGAUUUUUGAUGGGUGAUUUACCAACUCCUGUGACACCACAACCUCGCUCCUUAAGUGGUCCUUCGGUUGGUGUAAUGGAAAUGAGAUCUCCAAUGCUUGCUGGUGGAUCUCCUCCACAGCCAGUAGUUCCAACGCACAAAGAUAAAGGUGGUGCUCCACCAGUUAGAAGUAUAUAUGAUGACGUAGCUAGCCCAGGUCUUGGAUCAACACCCCUGACUUCAAGAAGGCCAGCCAGUUUUUCUGUAACACAGAGUCCAGUUUCUGGAUGCAUGCCAGCAACCCCUGGAACAGGUGCAAGUAUAUUCAGUCCAGCAAGUCUUGCACAACCCAGGAAGACCACAAUGUCUCCAGCUCAGCUAGAUCCAUUCUAUACUCAAGGAGAUGCUCUAACAUCAGAUGAUCAUCUUGACGACACUUGGAUAACAGUAUUUGGGUUUCCUCAAGCAUCUGCUUCAUAUAUCCUCCUACAGUUUGCACAGUAUGGAAACAUAUUGAAGCAUGUGAUGUCUAACACAGGAAACUGGAUGCAUAUUCGCUAUCAGUCAAAGCUGCAGGCCAGAAAAGCCUUGAGCAAAGAUGGAAGAAUUUUUGGUGAAUCUAUCAUGAUUGGAGUGAAACCUUGCAUAGAUAAAAGUGUGAUGGAAAACAUAGAUAGAGGCUCUGCAUCAUCCCAAUCUUCAGUCUUCACACCGCCAAUGAAAACAUUAGGUACACCAAUGCAGCCUUCAAGUACUCCGAGAAUCUCCACUAUGAGACCUCUUGCUACAGCAUAUAAAGCUUCAACUAGUGACUACCAGGUGGUUUCGGACAGACAGACUCCAAGGAAAGAUGAAAGCAUUGUUUCCAAAGCUCUGGAAUACAUGUUUGGCUGGUAGUUAAGAGGAACUACAAUAAACUUGGCUAGAGCUAGUAGCAUCCUGCCAAUGCCUCUGGUUAGUUGUAUAACCAUAGUAGCAUUUCAGACAUCAGCUCUACCUUCUAAAAAGAAUUUGGCAGACAUGUUAUUUGCACUUUACCAGUGGCUGGAUUUACACUUGACUUUAAGAUGUUGAACUGUUGUAAUCAAUGUUCAGUAGUCUAUCUUCUGUAGUAAUUUCAUGAUUAAGUAACAAUUGAUUUGCAUAUGACACAUUAAUUUCGGUUUCAGGACAUGGUAACACUGUUUAUAGUUUCCCAGUAGUAUGAUUCCCUUCCUACUUCUGGAAAGAUAGUAUUCUUUGCUGCAGGAUAAAUAUAUACAUUAUUGUAUAAAGAGACUAGGAUAGGUUUUGUCAAUUUUAAACCAAAUAUUUCAAUUAGAAUUCUGUUACAUAAUCAGUGUUUAUAUAAAUUCUGGACAGGUUGAUUAUAAAUCUACAGCUGUCCAAAAUCUUUUUUAUCUUUCUUAAUAAAAGUUGUGAUGCAAUA